AUGCCGAAGUACGUUGUCCACUAUUUCAACGGAAAGGGAUUGGGCGAGCCCAUCCGUUUGUUGCUGGCUUAUGGAGGCGAGGAUUUUGAAGACCACCGCGUCUCUCCCAAGGACUGGCCAGAAUAUAAGAAAAAUACUGUUUUUGGACAAAUGCCAAAUCUCGAUAUUGAUGGCAAGAAGUACGCUCAGAGCAUUGCCAUCUGCCGUUACCUUGGCAACAAGUACGGCCUGGCUGGAGACACCCCUGAGGAAGCCCUGGAGAUCGACCAGUUCGUCGACCUCCUCGUUGAUUUUCGUCUAAAAGCUGCAAUCGUAACUUAUGAAAAAGAUGAGAAAUUAAAGGAACAGAGAUAUGAGGAAUAUAGCAAAGACGUGUUUCCUGAACAAUUGGACAGAUUCAACGACAUCAUUGAAAAGAACAAUGGACACUAUGCUCUCGGAAAGUUGACAUGGGCUGAUUUCGUCUUUGCUGGAUUUUUCGACUCCAUUAAGUUCAUCGUACGAAUUCCUGACUUGGAGAAGAAGUACCCAGCCUUCCAGCGAGUUAUAGACCAUGUAUACUCCAUCCCCAAAGUCAAGGCAUACGCUGAUGCCCUAGGCCCUACGGAAUUCUAA